GCGCCACCGCCGAACUGACAGCCCUGAUCUGAACAUGUGUGCACAGUGUUUUUUAAGUCGAGUCAGUGUUAGCUGCGAGGUAAUGGCAAGAAUAGCUAGCUAGUGGAUAAACAGCUAACCAGGUGGUACAUUUUUGAGCGCACAGAUAAUCUUUGUUUCAACUGUCCGCGUUAAACAAGCAUCGAAGAGCAGCGUUACCAGGCUUUUACGCUGCGGUGCUGCACAUUAAGCUAACGUCAGCUAACCAGCUGCAGACUCUCCUUAAAAAUGGCCACUGUUUCAAUUCCUGCUCGUUCCAGUGCACUCUUGCUAGAUAUUGAAGGAACAACAACACCAAUCACAUUUGUAAAGGAUAUCUUAUUUCCAUACAUCAGGGAGCAUCUUGAGGAUUAUUUAUCGACUCACUGGGAAGAAGAUGAGUGCAAGCAAGAUGUUCAUCUCUUAAAGAAACAGAUUGAAGAGGACAUGAAACAGAACCGUUCGGGUCCUGUCCACACCGUGGACCAGACGGUUCACACAGAUGAGGAGAAGGCCAUUAGGGAAGUAGUGGAUAAUGUGCUGUGGCAGAUGGCAGCAGACAGGAAGUCAACAGCACUCAAACAGCUCCAAGGUCACAUGUGGAGAGCAGCUUAUUCUUCUGGGAGAAUCAAAGGCGAGAUCUACCAGGAUGUCAUUCCAUCCAUCAAAAGAUGGAAAGAACAAGGACUAAAAGUGUAUAUUUACUCCUCUGGAAGCGUGGAGGCACAGAAACUUCUGUUUGGACACUCUGUGGAAGGAGAUGUUUUAGAUUUAUUUGAUGGUCACUUUGACACCAGUAUAGGAGCUAAAGUAGAAAGCAAAAGCUACGAGAGGAUUGCUGAGAGGAUUGGCUGUCAACCCGAGGAAAUCACAUUCUUGACAGACGUCACUCGAGAGGCUAAAGCAGCUGAAGAAGCCGGGGUGAACGUGGUGGUGGUGGUCAGGCCUGGAAACAUGGAGCUGACGGAUGACGAGAGGGCCCACUAUAACCUCAUCACGUCCUUUAGCCAACUUGAACUGAUGGGACGCGUUUAACGCAGAGCGCGGAGGAAGACGGGGAGAUCUUCUCUAACUUCAUUCAUAAUGAGCUGUUCCUUCUCCUCUUUGCCCCCCCACCCCCCUGUUUGCAACUCUGGUGUUUUGUGUGUUGACAGUUCAGGAAGUGUAGGAGACGCUGCUGGGCUGCAGAUAGCCUCAGGUAGGGCUGCUGGAGUCCCGGCCUGUGAUGAGUUCAGCUAUCCGGCUCUUUCAGGACGCCUUCCACAUGUGUGGAAACAGAUCUACGGAGUGUAAUAGGAACUCAAAUGGAACAUCACUCUGAGUGGGACCAUUUGAUUGACUGGGAAGAGAACAGAGAAGCGAACAGAAGCAAGGAACCUGAAGGACACUGCACACGACCUGUGACGUUACUUUACCUUUUUACCCUUUAGAUGAAGCGUAUUCGGUUGCCCGUUCCUCUCGAGCGUUAAGCAGAACUUUCCAACUGUGUGUGUGUGUGUGUGUGUGCGUGUGCGUGCGUGUGCGCGCAUCAACGUUUUGUAAGCGUUUUCCAUCCAUGUGCUGUUUCCUCCCUCGACACACACCUGCUGCAGUUUUAUCCAGUGACUGAACUGUUUGACAUUGUAAUGUUUUAGAAAGUAGAACUACAGUAUAUAGAUGCACUCAGCAGUGGUGAUGCUGACAGGAAGUUCUCAUUUCAGACUUUGUUCAAAUGUCUUAAUUAGUCCCUCGCAGGUGAAUGGUGUCUAUUUAAAUGUGCCAUCCUCGUUGAUCAUCUGUGAUGUAGGUAUUGGUAAGUUACCUAAAAAUUGCCAAAUUGAGGAUUUGUGUUUGUGAAACGUAAUUGGUAUUAUUCAGGAACGAUAAUCUGAAAACUUCCAAUAAAUGCCUUG